AUGGCCGCAAAUCGUCGGGUACCUGACGUCGACUUCGGCAACGACCCCAACGACGCCUCCGCUAGCCAACGUGCUGCAUUGCAGAACACACAGCCAAUCAUCUAUCCAUUCCCACAACUGAGUGGAGAAGGGACUACUGCAUUCCAUACAAACGACACUGCUUGUCCAUCACCCCGGUGUAUGUGUGGCGCCAAGUUCAGCCGAUCAGACGCACUCGCCCGGCACAUCAAGGCCAAAUCCAAUGGGAUCCCCGAACAUCCAUGCAACAACUGUGAUCGCUACCAGGGGAUGAAUGGCUUUCAUCGUCGUGACCACCUGGUUCAGCACAUGAGGUACUGCCGUGGACGCAAUGUCGAAAACGAGCCUCGCGAUCAUAGGGCUGAGCCUCUCCCUGCCGCUAUGGUUCCUGGUCCAUCUAUGCCCAUGAAUGAGGAUGCUAUCCCAUCGGACCAGCUUCCCCCAUUUGCUUGCACCGACCCCGAAUGCGACAAAUGGGGUAUGAAUGGCUAUCUUCGACUGCAGGACCUCAUCGAGCACCAGGGUUGGGCGCAUCCUUUCAUGUCUCAGGCCCAAGGUAGUAUGCCACAGUUUGAAGGCAACAUGCAGCCCUACCAGCCGAUUCAUGAUCUUCAGCCUGACCAGGCAAACAAUGCUCUCCAGGUCUAUCAGCUCUACAACACUUCCCAGGGCAACCAGCAAGACGCUGCCUUCAUGUUCUUCCAGCCGGUUGUUGCUCCUCAGCCCUUCCAGCCAAUUAACGCCCAUCAGUUUUGGGGACAGGACGGCGCCUCCCAGUUCCUCCAGCCAGGCGAUGCUCCUCAGCCUCCUCAGUCGGAGACCUAUUCGCAGCACCAUCAUCUGGAGGAUGUCUUUCAGUUCGAUCAGCAAGACGGCACUUCCCCCUUCCCGUUCUAA